GGCGGGGCUGCCCGGCUGCUGCCGCGGAACAGCAGCUCUGCAGUGCCUUCCCAGGGCAUCGGCGGCUCCGACCCGCCCGCACGGAGAGAGGCCUUCGCAGGCACGGUAAAAUGGGGAAACGAAACCUGAGGCACUGAGCUGGUGAUUUCGGACAUCGAUCCUGCUCCCGUAGGGUCAGCUCUGAAGGUUUUACAAGAUCACAGUAAUCAGCUGUUAUUAAAACAAUCGUAUUGGUAUCGCUGGACCGAAUCCUGCCGUAGGUAUUUGAAGAGUACGGCACCAUAAGCAUCAGAAGCGCCUCAGCAAUGCACCCAUGUUUAAAUUUAAAAGCCGACAGUUGGGGUGUUAUGUGUUCCACCUGACAUACUCCCCAUUUAAGUAACAAAGAGAUAAGAAGAUUGUGCUAGUUCAUGAAACCACAGGUGAUAAACAGAGAAGGGACUGAACAGAGGAUGGAGCAGGAUAGGAAAACAGAAAUAGGCUCCAUGGCUUCAUUAUCAAAAUCUUUCUGAUUUAUUGUCCUACAGAGUAGAAAGGGAUCCUAUAACCUUCUGCAGCAUUUUGCUUACAACAUGAGUUUAAAAGGUAUUCAAAGCAUCUUUCGUGCUAAUGAAACCAGACAGUUUCAACUAUGCUCAACAGAGACAUUUGAAAGACUAACACAGCUGUUUCUGGGAAUAGUUACAGCUGUCCCACAGUCACUUGCAGUGAGAUGGUGACUUCUGUUUUCAUUUGAAGUGUAAAUAUGGACAAGUACAUAUUUUUCCAGAGAUAAUGGGAAUAAAUAAAGCAAAAUUCAAAAGUGAUAAUCCUGUACAGUACAUUUAUUAAUGAAGUGUAAAAUUGAAGUAAAAUAAGUCAUGCUAUCAUCACAGAAUUAAUCAGGGACAGCAAUAGCUUUCAGCAACCUGUAUAAGCAUAAUAUCACAACCAGCCAGGUAUACUGCUUCACUUCAGAGUUAAAGUUUCAUCAUCAAUUGAAUCAUUUGCUAGCAAAGGGGAAAACAGCUGCUGAACAGAUAAUAGGCAAUGCUUCAGGUUGGUUUCAUACAUUCAGAAUUGCAUUUUUAAAUUAUUUCUGGAGGACAGUUUAACAGAACAGAUAAUAGUUAAAAAAAGCAGCCUACUCCUUACUCACGAUAGUCCUCUAUCACAAUUCUCAAUUAAACAGUUGACCAUUAAUGUAAGUUAUCUUGAACUUUUGAAGAUUUCCUUACCUUGCAAUGCAGCUUUUCUAAGUUUAAAAGAAAAUGGCAGCCUUAAAAAUUUAACUAUACAUACAUCUGGUAAUCCUGCCCUGCUAUUAAUGCAAUAAAGAAGUCAAUAUCUGAUAAAUAUUGAAGUUUAAUUGCCUCUUUCAUUACUCCAUUAGCAAUCAAAGAUCUCAUAUUAGCUAUGGUAAUGGAACAUGUAAGGACAAGAGAGAGAAAAUUCUAAACAACAACAGCCAAACAAGAAUGAAUAAAAGUAUCUUAAAUGAUAAUUUCUAGCACUAGGUCAACUCUUACUGUACUAAAAAAAAUCACAUAAAAAUCCUCACCAUCAGUUGCCAUAACACAUUCUGCUUUACAUUACCAAGCUCAGCUGGAGCAAUUUUCUAGCAAACAUACUAAAAUUUAGAAAUUAUUUUCCCUUUUUAUUGCACUUUUCUCUUAGCUCUUGUUAAACAAAUUAUUGACCUCUAUAGCAUUAUCUGCCCUGCAAUCAUAAAGCAGCAAGAUGAUGACAAGCCAGAGGUUGUAGAAGCUCCUUCUCUGGAGACAUUUGAAACCCACCUGGAUAUGAUCCUGGGCAACCUGUUCUAGGUGAAUCUGGUUUAGCAGGGGGGUUGGUCUAGAGGAUCUCCAGAGGUCACUUCCAUUCCCAAACAUUUUGUGAUUCCAUAAUUACACCUCAGACAGCCUUAGAGGUCACCAGUCCUGCUUUGCAGAUACAUGAUGUAAAUGAGAUCACAGGUUCAAGCUGUUAAGCAACAGAAUAUGAAGAUUACUGGGACAAUCAGACAGCAUAAAGGAUUUAGAAUUGUCUUUCCUACACUGCUAGGGGAAAAUAACUCUGUGCUCUUCUGGAAGCUCUGAAACACGAGCUUUCAUGGUAGCUCUCUCUGCACUCUUGUAUCUGAUUCCUUGACACGCUGGAGAUGUCUCUGCUGUGUUUGUAGGUCACUAAGAUUGCAGCCCUUCCCCCUUUUUGGGGAGGGACAGUUCCCUCCUCCUAUCAAACAACAUGGCGUCCUGGGGUGACCAUGCCCAAAUUUCACCUAUGCACAGCUUCUGCAAAAAUGCCCAAUGCACUUACUAACUUUACAGUUUAGCUAACCUGAAAACUCUUCCAUUCCUGCUGCCAAGGUAAUUAAACCUCUUCCCUCACUAGCUCCAUGUUUCAAUUAGAAGAAAUAUGGAGUUUUUAGUAAGUGCCACGUAUCCCUUGGAAAAACAAAAGUAUUGAAUUUCCAUUUAAAUAAAAAAAAAUCUUUUAUAUUAUUUGUAUAAUCAUUACACAUAAUUAUAAACAGCACAAUUUUGCAGUAAGAAGAGGUGCAUUAAAAUUUUGCUUUUACUACCCCUGCAUGAAAGCCAUGCAUGUGUUGAAGCCACUCAAGGCUGCAGUGCUAUAAAUAGUGCUCUAUUGUUAGUAGAUAAAAGAUGAAACAAGUCUCACAGCACUGGGACACAGGACACUAUAUUAAACGUUAAGCUCUGCCUGUUCUAAAAGUGAAAGGCAUCAACUGAUAGACUGGUCUGGGAAGUGAUAGACACACGGCUGGGAAGAGCUCAGUCUGACUCUGCAGCUUCCCGACACAGCAGGAGCAGCAGCUGAUCUUCCUGCCUCAGCAAUGGCAGAAGCUGUCAUAAGACACUGGGUGGAAACUCCUGCACGCUACCAGGAGCAGUUUGCUGGCCAAGAACUGGAAGCACACAAACUGAACCACCUUUUAUAUGCUUUGCCAGGCCCUGCCACCACGGCACCGAGCAACCAAAGGUGUGACACAGAAAGCACGGCUGGGGCUGGCAAGAGCAGCCAGGAGGAGGAAAACACACACUUUCGGGUCUUGCUGGACGUUGUGCAGUUCCGUCCCGAAGAUAUCAUCAUCCAGACCUUCGAAGGUUGGCUCCUGAUUAAAGCUCAGCACGGACCCAGGAUGGAUGAACAUGGUUUCAUAUCCAGAAGCUUCACCAGACAAUAUAAAUUACCUGACGGAGUGGAGAACAAAGACUUGUCUGCACUUUUCUGCCAUGAUGGCAUCUUGGUUGUUGAAAUGAAGAGCUCAGUGGAAAAGAAUUAGAACCAUGUCUAUAGUUAUCGGUGAGAUAAAAUAAUUCUUAAUGUAAUAAAAUAAUAGCAAUCAUGCAAUGCUGUAGAGUGUAGCAAGCAUGUAGCUAUAUUUAUUAAAGAAAAGGAAAUUCUUUGUAUAAAUGUUUCUGUAUGCUCAGUUUACAGUUUGAUGUGAAAUGUUAUACUGCUUGCCUCCAGCUACACACAGGUUGAAAACCGAGGCUCCUUGAACAGUAGCAAACUUUGGCUAGUCUCAGGAGAAAAAAAACAAAACAUCUAUUUGAUAACAUGUUGAAAAUAGAGCACAGUUUUGAGUUAAGUAGCAGGAAUUGUAUUUCUAAGGAAUAAGCAUUUGUCAUACAUAGUCAUAAACAUUAAAGAAAGAAUGGACAAGU